AUGCCAUUGAUACAGAGGAUUGAAAGCUUCACGGCCUUUGCAUCUUCCCAUGCCUGUGUUUUCCCCCACCUUGCGCGUUUCGGUCAUUCUAGCCUAUCGGUCCAAGCGCAUAGCUUAAGCUUUGAUUCGUCGGUCUGCAGCAGCGACAACAGCCCAAGUUUUAAAGUGCUUCAAAAGGUUCGAGAUGAAAAGCAGGGCAAGAAUGUUGGCAUUCCGGGAAGUCCCUUUGUCAAAGCUUACCAUCGUAACAGUCAAUGCUUCCAUGCAGCUUUGCUGCGGGUGCCUUUGGCUCAAACAUGUGAUGUUUUUUUCAACAACGUCAGUACAUUGCGUUGA